AUGCCCGCAAACCCACUGCAGGCGAAUGACUCGGUAGACUAUGAAUUCUGCAAUGGUCAAUUCUGCCGAUUGCUCAGCACGUUCGAGGUGCCGAGCGCGGAAAGCGAGCUUCGACGGUCGUUUACAGAUCUGCUCAUCGGGCACGGAGCCCAAAACAUCUACGGCAAGGGCGGCAUACCGAUCGGCACAAAGGACGAGGUUCUGUCUCGAUCGCGCGACCGGUGUCCCUUUUGCGUGUUCGUGAGGCGAGCGGCACAGUUUGCUCCAAAGUUGCUCACGCACUCGGGCCGCAGCGGUGAUGACCUGUUCGUCGUCCAGGUCUCGGCGCAACAGGAGGACGAGUAUCUGUGGCUCCGCGUGCUCCCCGGCGACAGUCCCGACGGGGAGGCGAUCGGGUCGUUGAUGUUGCCCGGCGAGCAGAUCGUCCUCGUGGCGAGGAGCGAAGACGGCGGGUCGAGAACCGGGCGGGUCGUGGGCGACAAGCCCGACUACGACCGGAUGAGGAAGUGGCUGCACCUCUGCGACACGGGACCCGCGCAUCGCGGCGUGUGCACGCAGUUCGAGGACGCCAGGACGGCCGAGAGACGGUCGGAGCUGCUGCCGCGACUGCGGGUCGUCGACGUGCAGGACAUGAGGCUCGUCGACAUCGCGUGGGGCGAGAGGUACGUGGCGUUGAGCUAUGUCUGGGGAGGAGCGAGCCCGCCCAAGCUGCUCAAGAGCCAGGUCGAGGCGUUCGCGGUCCCCGGCGCGCUGGAGGAGCUGGUGGUGGCGGCGCCGUCGACGCCCGCCACGAUCCGGGACCUGUUCAGCUUCACGAGGAACAUGGGCCUGCGCUACCUCUGGUUCGACUCUCUCUGCCUCAUCCAGGACGACCCCGGCGACCUGCUUCGCGGCAUAGCCAACAUGGAACUCGUGUACGAGUCGUCGUACGUCACCCUGAUCGCCGCCGACACCGAGUCGGCGAACACGGGCAUCCCGGGCGUCGGCGUGCUGGCCAGGAGCGUCAGGCAGGACGUCCAGCGGCUCAAGCCCGGCCUGGACAUCAUGCGCGUGCACUCCGUCGACCGGCACCUGCGGCGGUCCAGGUGGAACACGCGCGGCUGGACGCUGCAGGAGUACUACCUCAGCCGGCGGACCAUCACGUUCGUCAACAACCAGGCCUACUUCCGCUGCCGGCAGCGCACGUGGUACGAGGAGCUCUGGACGGAUCUGGAGCCCGGGAGACCGCGCGGCCAGGACCUGGACGUGCUGACGUUCGCCCGGGACAACAUGGACCUGGGCACCAGGGACGUCGCGACGUACUCGUUCCUGUUUCAGGUCCUGGAGAUAUACCGGGGCCGGGACCUGACGGACGAGAACGACGCGCUCCGUGCGAUGGCGGGCAUCCUGGGUCGCGUGGCCGCGAGGGCGAACACGGACAUCGUGCAAGGCAUGCCGGCCAGGAUCUUUCCCCUGGCGCUGCUGUUCUUGCACACGGGGGAGCGCGCCCCGACACGACGCGAGCGGUUCCCCAGUUGGAGCUGGGCAGGGUGGAAAGGACGAGACGUGUCGUGGUACCCGUUUGAUCGGAUGGAUCUGAUGAACUCGGCGGACGAGGACAACGACUUCAACGAGGACAAGGAGCUCGAGAAGGCUCUGGAGAAGUUCUGGAUCAGCUUUGGAGCCGUGGGUCCCUUGGAGGAGAGCGAGAACGAGAGCUGCGCAGAUGGACAUUUUGACGAACCUGAAACCAUAUGGAAGCCGACGAGGCCGGUGUCGGUGCGGAAACACCCCGACGAUGGCACCGUCGACGCGGAAGAAGAUGGCCUCGACUGGGUUCGAGCCUUGCCGGGAGUCGCAGACUCGGAGCUCGACCACCACCGCCACCGCCACAACCACCAUCAUCGUCAACAACAACAACAACUGGCCGCCAGACCUGCCGCUCUGUCGGUCGCGUCGGAUGGUGUCAGUCUGCCCGUUCGAGAGUAUCCCCUUCUCGUGUUCGACACGGCCACGGCACAUUUUCGCUUGAAGACCAUACCCGAGGGCGGAGACGAGGACGAUGAUGGCCACUGCCCUGACGACGCCGAGCGGCCGACGUUUGCAGAGUACGGGUCGCGCACGUACGAGGUCGGCGGCCGCGACGACGAAGACUGCGGCGUGCUCUACGCCGACGAGAAGCUGUCGCUCGAGGACGACAACGUGGAGAGAUUCGCCGUGCUGGGCGAGUGCCACAAGGUCGAGUUUCCGCUGGAGUUCGACGCGUACUGUGAAGGAGAAGGCGCGGAAGAGCCCGUCCUCUGGGUCAUGCUGAUACGAUUCGUCGACGGCGCGUGGCAGAGACGGGGCGUCGGGCAGAUCCUCCAGAGCUCCUUGGCAAAGUCUCUCGACCCAGGUGUGGCCUGGGAGAAGAUCGUGCUAGGAUAG